AGUUUGGGGGCAGGGAGGCAACCGCCCCAAGAACUCUCUCCGGGAUGGGAGCCACCCGCCUGCUGCCCAACCUCACUCUGUGCUUGCAGCUUCUGAUUCUCUGCUGUCAAACUCAGGGGGAGAGUCACCCGUCUCCUAAUUUUAACCAGUACGUGAGGGACCAGGGUGCCAUGACCGACCAGCUGAGCAGGCGGCAGAUCCGUGAGUACCAGCUCUACAGCCGGACCAGUGGCAAACACGUGCAGGUCACCGGGCGUCGCAUCUCCGCCACUGCUGAGGAUGGCAACAAGUUUGCCAAGCUCAUCGUGGAGACGGACACGUUUGGAAGCCGGGUGCGCAUCAAGGGCGCCGAGAGCGAGAAGUACAUCUGCAUGAACAAGAGGGGCAAGCUCAUCGGGAAGCCCAGUGGGAAGAGCAAAGACUGCGUGUUCACUGAGAUUGUGCUGGAGAACAACUACACGGCCUUCCAGAAUGCCCGGCACGAGGGCUGGUUCAUGGCCUUCACGCGGCAGGGUCGGCCGCGCCAGGCCUCCCGCAGCCGCCAGAACCAGCGAGAGGCCCACUUCAUCAAGCGUCUCUACCAGGGCCAGCUGCCCUUUCCCAACCACGCAGAGAGGCAGAAGCAGUUCGAGUUUGUGGGCUCAGCCCCCACCCGCCGGACCAAGCGCACUCGGAGGCCACAGCCCGUGACAUAGUCGGGGACGCCCCGGGGGCAGCGCCCCUCACCAGCCUUCCCGUCCCCUCCUCUU